AUGACCAAGGAGAUGAUUGUGGCCGAGGUCGCAGAAUACUUUCAUGCAGCUGGUUUUACCGUCCUGAGCUACGAUCCUCGCUGCAUCGGCGCAAGUGACGGCACUCCACGGAACGAAAUCCAACCUACCCGUAACAUGGAGGAUUAUCACGAUGCUCUAACCUUCAUGAGAGGUAAUCCUCAUGUCGAUCCAUCACGGAUCAGCUUCUGGGGAUAUUCCUACAGCGCCAUGAUUGCUCUUUGUGCUGCAGCACUUGACAAGCGAGUCAAAGCAGUUAUUGCCGUGGCACCGCUGACAAUCUGGGAGUUUUCGAAAUGGGGCAAAGUCUUAUCCAAGGCUAUGAAAGAUAGGGAAUCUUGCCUGGCUGGGAACCAGCCGGUAUAUGUUCCCAUGCUGACCGAAGAAGGUGAAAACCCCGCGGGAUUCGGUACAGGUUUCGCAGACGAGGACAUAUACAGCAUGAUUGAAAGAGCUGCCAGAAUCGAGCCCAACUUCGUACCGCAGACCACUCUGCGAAGCUAUUACCACAUUGCGGCAUUCAAGCCAUUCGGAAUAAUGCCAUUUGUGUCUCCGACUCCAGUCAUGGUUGUGACUCCUGAGCACGACGUUAUUUCACCGGUCAAACUGCAGACAACAAUGAUUUACGACGUGCUACAAGAGCCAAAGCAGAGGCUUCUUGUAAGCGAUAGAGGGCACAUGAAUGUUCUCAGCGGGCAUGGAUCGGCCGUGGCUCUUGACGCCCAAAUUGAGUUUCUGCGUCAGACGUUUCAUGCCUAG